AUGUUUCUAGCAGAGGAGGAUGCGCCCUUGCUCAGGACGUGGCUCCUGAGCAAGCUGCCUGAAGUAUCGGAUACAGAGACAGACAUCUUGGCCGACUAUGUCCUUGCUCUUCUCGCCUCGCAGGAAGGCGACGCUGCGCACAUUCGUGCGGCAUGCGAAAGCGAAUUGCCGCAGUUCCUCAACACAGACACCGCGCCCGAGUUUGUUGACGAGUUGUUCCGCGUCAUCGAGUACAAGUCGUUUCUCCCAGGCGCGCCUCCCGCGCCCAAGAAACGAAUAGAGGCAGACGAUCACGCGGCGGCCUCGGAUUUGCCGUCUCAGGGUGGUUCGCGAAAGCGCUCAUUCAAUGAGAGCGGCGCGUCGGGCGAUAGGGAUGCAGACUUCGAGGAGCGCGCGUACAAGCAGCCUCGUCGGGGUCAAUGGGACUCGACCGCCUCGGGUGCGGGAGGGUACGCUGCGCAGCCGUUCCCUGCGGAUGGCUCGUUCCAGCUGUCGGCCACGGCAGCGCCGUACGACCCAAAUUUCCCGCGGGGUGCUCCGACUGGACCCCAGAAUUGGCGCGGGAUGCCUCCAAUGCCGCCGGCCUACCCUCAGGGCGCCCCGCCUCAAGGCCCACGAAGAAACAGGCAGAAAUGCCGCGACUUCGCGACCAAGGGAUACUGCGCUCGCGGAAACUCGUGCCAGUAUGACCACGGCGUCGAGCCCAUCUGGUUGCCGCCCAGCGGUCCCAGUGUGCCUAAAUUCGAGGACUUUGAUCCCCGAGACGCGGCCAUGAUGAUGUCGCAAAACUUUCAACAAAUGCAGCAGCUCAUGGAGGCAUUCAACGCUGAGAGAUCCAGUCGGGAGGGUCGCAAGAAUCGCCGUGCUACUAGAGGCAAACGGCGUCAGAACAGAGCCUCCUUCUCCGCUGAGGGUCCCGUCGAGGAUACAACAAAGACGACCAUUGUCGUGGAGAACAUCCCCGAGGAGCACUUAUCUGAGGAGGCUGUUCGCAAGUUCUUCUCUGAGUUUGGCAACAUUCAAGAGGUCACACUGCAGCCUCACAAGCGGCUUGCAACCGUCACGUAUGACACGUGGGAUUCUGCCAAUGCGGCAUACCGGUCUCCCAAGGUCAUCUUUGACAACCGCUUCGUACGAGUCUUUUGGUUCGUCGAAGAGAGCGAGCAGGCUGCUGCACGUGCUGCUGCCAACGGCGAAGGCCAAGACGCCGAGCCCGAGAUUGAUCUGGAGGAGUUUAUGAAGAAACAAGAAGAGGCCCAGCGGCAGCACGAUGAAAAGAUGCAAAAGAAGGCCGAGCUAGACAAGCAACGCCAGGAACUGGAGCAGCGGCAACGCGAACUGCUCGCCCAGCACCGCGAGGUACAGCAGAAGCUUCAAGCCAAGCUAGCCUCGAAGAAUGGCGAUGGAGGGGAGAAUGGGGAAGAGGGCUCGUUGAACUCGGCCCUUCGCGCGCAACUCGCGGCUCUCGAAGACGAGGCUAAGCUCCUCGGCCUCGACCCGAGCGCGACAGAUGAGCCGGCGUGGCAUGCGAGCUCUCGCGGCCGUGGUCGCGGCAGAGGCGGCUUUGUCCCGCGUGGCCGUGGCUUCGCUCCUCGAGGAAGGGGAUCAUACCGCGGCGGUGGGUACAGAGGCGACGUCCACGCUGCGUACGCCGCGUACUCGCUCGACAACCGGCCCCGGACUGUGUCCGUCACGGGCGUGGAUUUUACUUCGUCUGAGAAGGACGAGGUGCUUCGGCAGUACCUUCUCGCCGUCGGUGAAUUCACAGAGAUCAACACCACCCCGUCCAAGACCGAAGUCACUUUUAAGGACCGCAAGACGGCCGAGAAGUUCUUUUACGGUCUCCCCAAGCAGGAGGUCCCGAGUAUUGAUGGUCAACUCGAGCUGUCGUGGGUCGCCACACCCCUAGCGCCCGUCAAGGCUGUCGAGAAUAGUGCGUCGUCAAAGACCCAGGGCGCGUCUGACCAUGAUAUGGCCAUGGGCAACGCCGCACCUAACGGGUCGUCGACGGCACGUGACCUGGUGGAGCAGCAGCCGGAACAGCAGCGGGAGAUGGACUAUGAUGUGGCGGAUGAUGAUGACUGGGGUGUUGAGUAG